GGUUUGUUUACUUCCGCCCGAACCUCAACUGCACGUGUAGUGAAAGGUGAGCCCAGCGUUUGAUCAGAAGACCCCCCCUCUUUCCGCGAAGCUGACUGACAGUAGAGCCGAAGAAGUCUCCUCCUGAGCUAACAAACAUAGCCUAGCUAUUAGCAUUGUCUGGUUGUUUGCGGACGUAAAUGCGGUCUUCAGUGCUGAUAGUCUGACAGUUUAAAAUGCGCUCUGUCGAGAACAGAAGUUAGUUUAGUUUUAUGUGAGUUGUUGUUUCAGAAUAAGCUCGUUCGUUCUCAAAGCUAGUUAACAACUCGUUUUAUUAUCUGGAUGGACCAUUACUGACACAAAGUGCUUUACGAAGAGGAACUAGUUCGACGAGGCCAUGGCUGCCCCCGACUCCAUUAAACCCUUCAGCCCAGAGGAGAGCCAGAAGAUUCUUCAUCAUCUACAGCAGCCCGCGGUCUUCAUGGACAUGACCCGUGGCUGGCCUGUUCUCCACUGGACUGCAGAGCACCUGUCUGGCUGCCUUGGUGACAAACUAGUCCGGUUCAGACUUGGGAGGAAAGAUGAGACAAACACACCUCUGUUUGAAACCCAGUGCUCCUAUGUGGAGGCCAAACUGGCGGACUUUCUCCGCUGGACCCGGGACCAGGCUGGGACAGAUGUAGGGCCUUUCUUUAAAUACCCCAAGUCAGAGUAUUGGGCAUAUGCUGACUACAAAUACAUCGCUGUAUUGUUUCAAGAUCAGCCUUCCAUGUUUGAGGAUGUAAAGUGGUCCGAGUUUGGUUAUGAGGGACGCAAUGGGAGAGAGAGCACGUUAUGGAUCGGCACAGAGGGGGCCAACACACCGUGCCACCUGGACUCUUACGGCUGUAACCUUGUACUGCAGGUACAAGGACGGUGCUUUAUGUCCCCAGACACUGGUGGCACUACGUGGAGUCACUGGAUCCCAUCACCGUCAGCGUCAACUCCUGGAUCGAGUUGGAAGUGGAUGACAUGGCAAGGGUUAGUGAAGCUGUGACCAAGGCGGUUGUCUGCGCCCUUAAGAGUGCACCUAGUGAUGACAACAGUGACAACUGGCUCAAUCCCACUGAGGAAGGUGUAGCAUCCCAUAAUGAGAACAUGCAAUAUGUGAACCUGGCAGUGAGAGCUUUGGCUCAAAGACAGAGGGGCCUCUGCCACAGCAAGCUGACCCAGGACCCGAGAGACACCCUUCCAGUCAAGCGGGACUCCAGAGGACAAAUCAGGAAGAACAGCGAUUUGGUAACAGAUUCUGUGCCCUUCAGCGUUCCCUUCGGACCACAUCUCACUCCUGUACGCUGUCAGCAAGAUUACUCACCAGAAACGAGGGGAACGACCACAAAAGAUCCAGAGGCCAGCUCAGAUACAGCACCGAAAACCAAGCUUGCAUCUGCUGUCAGACUCCACCAGGGAAAAAAUGAAUGUAUCCACGGUUUAACUCAAUGUAGACCACGUGACUGUGCUGAUGGGACGUCAGAGAACUCUUCAGUGGAUUAUGAGGAACCAGUACACCCAGUAAUAACCACUAAUGACCUGUUAGACUGCCUGGUGCAUCCUGAUAUCAUCGCCCGUGUCACUAAGCUUUUACUGGAAAGGCACACAUAUAAUGAGCCCCAAGAGGAAGAAAAGCCCCUGAUUUGACUAGUAAUGGUCUCAGUUUCAGAAGCGAUUUACAAUCUGGAAACAUGAGGACAAGGCUGUCUUAACUUUUCUACUCUGGAUGUCUCACUGUUGUUUGCAGUGAUGGAGAGCUGUGGAAAAAAGCAAAAGAGGCUGCAGAAAUCCAAGCUACCAGUUAUGCUUUGGUGUCAGUAAGAAGUGAGAAAGGACUGAUGAAGAGUUUCACCCCGCUUUUCUUUCUACUCUCAUCUGUCAAGAGUCCUCCCGGGACUAACUCCGGAUGCGAGAAGUCACAACCAAAACUAAUCGUAAUGUGACGAGUGACGGCAUAAAGUGGCUCUACCAUUUCCUUGUUUUGUUUUGUCCCGCACAUACUAAUCCUGUUUGGUUCCUCCAGGGUAAGAAAAAUGAACACUUAAAUCAAUUUGGUAUGGUAAUAAGCCACAUAAUUCAAGGUAAUAUUACUGAGAUGUGAACAUUUGUUUGCUGCAUAAUGUUUACCUGUCAUUUGCUAAUGAAAAUUGUCAUUGUAAUGGGCUGGUGAUUGAUGAAAGUUGUGUAAGGAGCCAUGAAUGAAAUGGCUUUGUUUGAAUACAGAGUGGCACCAUAGGUCACACAUCUCUAAGAGAAAAGAAGGUUGUACAUGUAGAAGAAUAACAAAUGAAACAAACAAUUUCUUUGCUAAAUUUGACGUCCUCUUUUUUUUUUUUUUCACCGACAUGAAUUGUAUUCUAGAGACUGAUAGUAGGUUUGACCAAUUUAACACAACACAUUAUGCUACAGAAUUGAUUUAGUUAUUAAAAUGAGAAAACUGAGAACAAUGAACAUUAUAAUUUUCAAACAGCACAAAAAUAAGUGUCAGCAUCACUGUCUAUUUAUAGAACUUUAUAGGGAGCAGCAUAAUUUACACUUUCCCUGAAUAAGAAUAUAUUUUAUGACUUUAAAGGACCAUACUGUUGGUUUUGCAUGUUUUAGCAUAACUACUGAUCAUAUUUACAAUAAGUUAUUUAUUUUCCUCCUGCUGUGCAGUAACUCAGUUCAAUGUGCAGAGCCUUUAAACCCGUUUGAAAGAGACAGUGAACCUUCCCUGUUGUUGUGUGGUAAUGCAAAUAGCUACGCAUUUCUUUGAUGAUUUGAUGUGUUCAAGGAUGCUGUCACAUCUGACAUUCGGCAGUGACGAGCUUUCAGAAAAUCAAACCCAGAAGACAGACGGUAAGAAAACAUUCUCAAACGAAUAUGAAUGUGGUUGUUUGCCUCAGAUAUCAGAUCUACAAGCACAGUUUUUAAAACAAUCCCUGCUUGCAACUGCCCUACCAAUCAGUAAUCGAUAGAGGAGCUCACUAAAAAAAGCCUACAAAUGUUCAUUGGGAUGAUUACAAUUUUUUUAAAUGGUAUGUUUUGAUAAAUGGGUAAUGGUAAAGCUACAUUUUUUUUUUGAAUGAAUGAUCUAUAACAUGCAAAACCACCAGUACCUUUAGUCCUUUAAUAGCAUUAUUAUAAGCACACAAUGUAAACUGAACCAUUUCUCCAGCGUGUUUUGUCAAAGGCAGUAUACGUUAAGAUUAUCAUAGAAAAUAUAACAUUUUGACAUAAUACGAAACAAAUAUAUACAGCAUAUGAUAUUUAACAUUCAUUUGUAAUAAUAUUGAUCAUACUGAGGGAAAUCACAUUAUUUAGCCUCUUUUAAAUACUGUUUCAUGUAUUCAGUCUCAUUCAGAAAAUACUUUCCUGUUCUCUGGUUAAAAAAGCUUUCAGUGAAUGGAGUGUUAAAGGUUUAUAAUAAUAAUAAUACAUUUUAUUUAAAGGCGCCUCUCUGGGCACUCGAGGACACCGUACAACACA